AUCUGUCUUAUAAUAAAAGGGAUUCAUCCCAGCCAGCCUCCAAUCAGUUCAUAAAGCAAUAAAGACUAUUUCGCUGUUCCACCUUUUAAAAUGGUUUAACUUUUCAUUAACAUCACGUAUGCCAAUGAAUAAGAAAAAAUCACAAUUUGUAAAAGUUGAUUUUCAAAAAAAAAAAAACUCAUGCGAAUAAAUUCUUUCCAAAGUGAUAACCGGGUUACGGUAACUUCCAACUCAUCUUUCCUCCUUAUACAAUUCACUCCCUGCUCACAAUUUAGUCAUUCAUCUGAUUUUGUGGUCAUUGAGUAAGCCGUCUAUCUUUCGAAUGCAGCUUUUCUGGACUUUCGUGUUCAUUGCCUCAGUGGCAUUUUGUCAUUCGUGUGAAAGGGAGGCUGAUACCAGUAAUCUGAUCCCGGUGACCGCGGAGCCACGUGACGCUGCUCGUGAUGCUGCAGACUUGGAAUUGGCAAAGACAGUCGCCACAAAGUUGGCCGCCGAUACAAUGCACGUGAGAACCAGUGAAGAUAUCCAUGAUCUCACCAACUGGCUUCUGCCACACAUGAUCUUCAACAUGUGCGGUAAUCGUUUGUACAAGGGUCAAUUUGUUGCAUUCAACAUGCAUGCUCUUAUUGAAAAAGAGAAAUUCCCAACUGAUCUGACAUAUGAAGUGAUUCAAGCAUACACUCGUGAGGAUAACCUUUCAAUGCAUGUUAAAGCAAACGGAUUCGUUUUCGAAGAGAAUGAUGAGCUUAUUAUGGAUUUCAAGAAGCAAGAGGAUGGAUCAUAUAAGAUGUCACAGGGAACUAUUCUCACCUGCAAAGAUGAUGAGCCAAAAGCUGAAUAACUCGUGUUAUGGAUCAUCUGAACAAUCUAAUCUCUUAUUCGAAUAAACUUUUUUAAAGUGGU